AUGGCAUCCACUUGGGACCAAUAUGCGAUAUCCCCUCUCGAGGGUGCGGGGGAGUGUGCCGAGACCGAGAAGACGGAGAGGCAAGUCUGCGCCUGGAUGACCGCCCACGAACGCCUGGGGAGAGAUUCCCCCGAUCCCCCACAAGACCUCAACGCAACAUUGGAGCAUCGCCAAGACACACCAUGGGUGUAG